CACAAACCAUUUAAUGAAGGAUAUUGUCUUGACAGACGUGUUUAAUAUCAGAAUCACCGUGAAACUAGAGUUGUGGAUAGAAUCUAGAAAGAAAAGGAUUCAAAACUAGUCAAAUUAAGAUUGAGCUCAUAGAGGGUGUGGAAGUACUUGCAGAGAGGAUCGUAGGGACUGGAGGUUAGGAGAUACAUUUAAGAGCAAUUAUUGAUUUGGGCAAUUAUUCACAAGGAAAUGGAGAUGACCCUUAUUUUAGAGGGUAGAAGAAGAGGAUCUAUAUAGCUGAUCGCGCAUAUAAGUACAGGGAAGGCCCUUUGGGUUGAGCUAAUGUGCAGUACAUGUAAUUUGACGGUUAAGAUAUCUAAAACAUGUUUUGUAGUUGAGAAUCCUAUAAAUUUAAAAUAUGAAUAGAGGUGACUCCUAACAAUUUAGCUGGUAAUAUAAUAAAUCUUAAAUAGUUUACAAAUAUGUACACAAUUUCAUUAAAUAAGUGACAGCAACUCUUGAACCUAGGACUUUUGCCCACUCUGGUGUCAUGUUGAACCACUAGAUCUAAAGUUUAAGCCUUUAGACAUGGCUACAUGAAUAUCAUUUAAAUAUUAUUUUCAACGCAAUUAAUUCAUCUAUUUGCAAAACAUAGUUUUAAUAUCAAAAGUACAAGGCAUUAAGGCCUUCUAAGGCUAAACUCUAAAAAGGCCCACAGUUUUGUGAAGUGAAGGGCAUAUAUAAUUGGGACUAUAGUUCUCCAUACAUGCAGAAAUGUUAUAGAAGUCUUCAGUACACCGAAUAUUUGUUGAUUUACCAUCAUUUUGGACAAGUUUAUUCCCCAUCUUUUUCUAUCCUAAACUUGUAGGUUCUGCAGCAAUGCUCUAAGGUGGAUUCUGUUUUACACUGACCAUUAUACGUGGGAUUCCAUUUCCAUUAAAUCUUGUCCUUAUUCUUUAUAAUACUUGGCAUGAAAAAUGAAUCUCUUCCUCCUCCUCACAGAGAAAGCGUAAACUCCAGCGGUUUGUUAAAGAUAAGCUGGGAGCUCCUGGAUAUUCCUUGCCCAACCAACAAAAUGGCACAAAACUGAGAAGGGGGCAGCUGUCCCAUGUCUCUUCUAUUUCAUGCUUGCUCAAUUCAGUUAACACUACGGAAUGCUUUGGGCAUAAAAUUCUGUCUGACUCUCAUAGUUCAAGUAGUUUAUUGACAUUUGAGGAUACAUUGCCGGAGAAACAGUUGUAUCGAGAAUCCUUCUUCCUGGAUGAUGUAGUAGAUAGGAGUUUCCCCAGCAAAGAUAUAUCUCAGAUGGUAGAUUAUGACGAAUCUGCAAAUUGUUUGAUCACUUUGAGUCCAGAAAACCUAACUGUUAAUGAGGCACCAUCUCUGGAUCUUAAUGAUGCAAUUCGAUAUUUGAAUUCAACGACACUUCAUGGGGCAAAGAGGAACCACCUUCAGCCACCUCGCAAAUCAAUCAGGUUGCUGAAUUUCAUUGGUGAUCAUCUUGAGAAUAAGGUUGUUCCUGUUGGGCCUCGGUUCCAGGCUGAUGUUCCUGAGUGGAAUGGUCCUAUCAGAAUUAAAAAUUCUUCCGAGAAUUCCCGGUGGUUGGGCUCUAGAGUUUGGCCAAUUGAAAUUGGAAAUGCGAAAAGCACCGGCAGAAAAGUAGGAAAAGGAAGACCAAACUCCUGCCGCUGUGUCUCUCCAGGAUCUGAUGAUUGUAUUAGAAACCACAUUCUGGAGAAAAGAUUAAUUUUGCAAUGUGAUCUUGGACCUGCUUUUUUUAGUUGGAACUUCGAUGAGAUGGGAGAACAAGUUUCAAGUUCAUGGACUUUGAAGGAACGGAAAAUUUUUGAGUCAUUGUUAAAAAUGAAACCACUCUCGAGUAGAAACAACUUUAUGAAGCGUGCUUUGAUGCGUUUCCCAAAAAAAAGUAGUAAAGAGAUUGUCCACUAUUACUUCACUGUUUUUAUUCCGCAGCAUAUGAGCCAGCAGAGGAGGUUGUCCAUGAAACAAGUUGACACUGAUAAUGAGGAGGAGGAGGAUUUUAAUGACAUAAGUGUGCAGAGAUGUGAAGGAAGCCGUGCCGUCAUCAACAAUUCCAAAGAUGUAAAGACUCGAUAUUUACGCGGUGGUUGUUGACAACAUUGAACACCGUCCAGUUGGAAGGUUCAUCAUGUAGUCUUGUAUCUUUAUACCUUUUUGUGUUUUUCUCCUAGGCAUACCUGAGGUUUUUUUUCUUUUUGCGUUUCAAAGAAUACACAUCAACAUUCUCAGCCCUUAGAUUUUGAUCAUCUCGAUAAUGUCAAUGCUUCUCUCAACAAAUUUUCUGUUGAACAUACUGUUAGUUGCUUCCAAAGGCUUUUUAAUCGUGUCCUGAAAGCCGUGGAGAGAUUGCUUUAGUAUGAACUCAUUUCCAGCUUCUCAUUGUUGCCGAAGCAAAACCUUUUUUCUUCUCAUUACAGUUUGGUGCUCAAACCCUGUUAGAACCAGUGAUUAAUGAAAAUUGUUCUUGUUCAUGUUGUUUGUAAA